AUGCUCACAACCUCCAUGUGGAAGAGGUAUGUGGGCUACAUAUGCCACUUCCAUGAUUACUGCUGGAAGCAUGGACACAACUUCCCACUGGCUGAAUUGGAGGCAGUGGGCGUGAUUGCAAGCUUCUUCAAGAGUGCCACUAGGGUCUUUGAUGUCAGGGCACUCCAUGACCUGUUCCUCAAGUGGGGCGACCACCUCUCACUCCAGCAGCUCCACUCCAAGCUGCUGACCAUGCUCUGCAUCCUAGGCACACUGCAUGUAGCCUCCACAGCGCUACCUGGCCUCAAGGACAUGAACAUCAAGACCAUCAACAGGUUGAAAUUCCUCAAGAUACAAAUCAUUGGCCACAAGAACAACAAUGGUGACAGUAAGACAGUCACCCUCCACCAGAGCAGCAAUGACCUCUGCUGCCCAGUGUGA